UUUUAAAUUGACUCGCCUUUUUUUUUAAAUUGACUCGCCCUCCCGUAAAUAUGUAGAAUUUCAUCUUCUUCUUCAUCUUUUCUUUUUUUUUUUUUAUAAAAAAAUUAAAUUAAAAGAAAGAAAAGAAAAGAAAAAGAAAAUUGAAAUCCCUAUAAAUAGGGAGUAGAGACGAAAGAAGAUAGGGAGAAAAGGCGUAAAGUUGAAGUUAGAAGUAGAAGUAGAAAUAGAAAUAGAAACCCCACCAACGCCAACUCCAACGCCAACUCCAACGCCAACGCCAACGCCAUACCUCUUAACCCUCAAACAAAAAGAGAACUAAACCCUCUCUCUUUCUUUCUAUUUUCAAUGGUUAACAACGCCCUUCUUGAAGCCCUUAAUGUCCGCGUCCUUGGCACCGGCGAUCGCUUCCUCGUCUUAGCCCAUGGCUUCGGCACCGACCAAUCCGCUUGGCAACUCGUUUACCCUUCCUUCACUCCCUACUACCGUGUCAUACUCUACGACCUUGUCUGCGCCGGCAGCGUCAACCCCGACUUCUUCGAUUUCUCCCGUUACACCACUCUCGACGCCUUCGUCGACGACCUCAUCUCCAUCCUCGACUCCCUCCACGUCCACCGCUGCGCCUUCGUCGGCCACUCCGUCUCCGCCAUGGUCGGCAUCCUCGCCUCCAUCCGCCGUCCCGAACUCUUCUCCAAACUCAUCUUAAUCGGCGCAUCCCCAAGGUUUCUCAACGACGGCGACUACCAUGGUGGGUUCGAACAGAAUGAGAUAGACAGGGUUUUCGCUGCAAUGAAGGCUAAUUACCAAUCUUGGGUCAACGGGUUUGCCCCUCUCGCUGUCGGUGCCGAUGUUCCCGCUGCCGUACAGGAAUUCAGCCGAACUCUCUUCAAUAUGAGACCCGACAUUUCCCUCUUUGUUUCUAAGGUUAUCUUCAGCAGCGAUCUCCGGGGAGUGCUCGGUCUCGUCAAAGUCCCCUGCUGUAUAAUUCAAACCGCCCAAGACGUGUCUGUUCCGACCUCUGUCGCCAUCUACCUGAGAGACCACCUCGGGGGCCGGAACACCAUUGAGAUGCUGGACACGGAAGGGCACCUACCCCAUCUGAGUGCCCCUCAGCUUCUCGUUCGGAAACUUCGCCGUGCUCUUUCUCGGUGACGUCUGUAGUCUGAGCGGACCCACCGCCAUUACACGGAUUUAAUUUUAUAAAAAGAAAUUAAAAUUUCUUUUUUCUUUCGGGGGGGGAGAGGGGACUUUGGGUGUGGUGAUCGUAUUAGACACUUAUACCCCUUUCUCCCAACUUUGAUGGACAUGGAAAUGGAAGUAAUCAAGUGGUCUAAUAUUUGACACGUGGCCGAAUAAAUAUGUGGAAGUUAAUUACUCUUUCCAUAACUAUAAGGAUAAGAAUUCUCCACGUGAAUCCCACGUGAUCUUGUAUCCUAUCUCCUUCCUCCAUUCUCCCCUUUCUCUCUCUCUCUCUCUUUUGUUUUUACCAUAUCUAAUAUCCUAAUCCUACCCUGCUUUUCUUAUUCAUAA